AUGUCUGGAUACGCCCCUCUACAAACCCAGGACUCAGGUCCCGUGGCCACAGUUCUCUGCUGUAACUGUGGUGUACCCAUGGACGGCCUGCUGGGGCUUGUGAUGUGUUACGACUGUAUCAAGCUCAAUGUCGAUAUCACAGAGGGAAUCCCCAGAGAAGCCAAUAUUUCUUUUUGCAGAAACUGCGAGAGGUUUUUGCAGCCGCCUGGCCAGUGGAUCCGUGCGCAAUUGGAGUCGAGAGAGCUUUUGGCAAUUUGUCUCAGGAGACUUAAAGGGUUGAAUAAGGUGAGGUUGAUCGAUGCCUCAUUCAUAUGGACAGAGCCACACUCGAGGAGAAUCAGAAUCAAGUUGACCGUUCAGGGGGAAGCAUUGCAAAAUACUAUUGUGCAGCAGACGUUUGAAGUCGAAUACGUGGUGAUUGCCAUGCAAUGUCCCGAUUGUGCCAAGUCGUAUACCGCCAACACUUGGAGAGCUGCUGUGCAAAUCAGACAGAAAGUCUCCCACAAAAGAACAUUUUUAUACUUGGAGCAGUUGAUCUUGAAGCAUAACGCCCAUGUGGAUACCAUUUCGAUCCAAGAAACCAAGGAUGGUCUAGAUUUUUUUUACUCGCAAAGAAACCAUGCAAUGAAGAUGGUGGACUUCUUGAGUGCUGUGGCCCCGAUAAAAUCGAAAAGAUCCGAGAAACUCAUCAGUAUAGACACCCAGUCGGGCCUGUCUAGUUACAAGUUUACUUUCUCCGUGGACAUUGCCCCCAUCUGUCGUGACGACUUGGUGGUUCUCCCCAAGAAGCUUGCUCAUCAGCUCGGAAACAUCACUCGUCUUGUCAUUUGCUCAAAAGUGACAAACUCUAUCCAGUUUUUGGACCCCAAUACCCUUCAGACAGCCGAUCUUCCGUCGAACAUUUUUUGGAGAGCUCCCUUCCCAUCGCUUUUGGAUGUGACCCAGCUUGUGGAGUUUGUUGUGUUGGAUGUUGAGCCCACCGGUGACGUUAAAGGCAAAAAUGUUCUUGCAGACAUCACUGUUUGCAGAGCCAGCGACUUGGGCGUGAACGACCACUCAUUUUACGUUCGUUCCCACCUCGGUGGGAUUUUGCAUCCCGGUGACCUGUGUCUCGGCUACUACCUCACCAACACCAAUAUCAAUUCUGACCUUUGGGACUCAUUGGACACAGACAACACCCCCGAGGUCGUGUUGAUCAAGAAGCACUACACGAGAAAGUCCAAGAAAUCCAAGAACAGACAAUGGAAGUUGAAGAGAAUGGCUCGCGAGCACAACGACAUUGUGGCCAACGACGACUCAAGACAAGCCAAGCAGGAACAAGAGCGUGCCGAAAGAGACUAUGAGUUGUUCUUGCAGGAGUUGGAAGAGGACCAGGAGUUGAGGCAGACCAUCAACUUAUACAAGGCUGGCAACGAGCCGCAGCCCGAGGAGACGGAGAACGAGAUGGACGACAUGGACGACGACGAUGCGCCAGAGAUUGGAAUUGAUGAGUUGUUGGACGAGAUCGACGGCAUGACAUUGGAAUAA